AUGGUUCUCUCCCCAGCGUCGUCUUCCUUGCUGACGCCAUCUGCGGCUCCAUUCGGCGGUGUGCGGGUGUUUCUGCACAUCCGCGAGAACACUAUCGGCGCUGGGGGUAGUCGCAUGAAGCACUAUGCCAAGAAGGCCCUGCGCAAGCUCGGCGCCACCCUGACGCUCUCGGAGAACACGGCGGACUUGAUUGUGUUUCACUGCGGGAAUGAGUCGCUUCUUGAGAACGCGAUAGCACAUGGAAAGAUCAUCGUUGCCCCGGCGUACCUUCAGGAGUGUGCCAAGUGCAUGGAGCGGUUGUCGACUGAGGCGUUUCUCGUUCACCCACGACUGGGUCACGCGCAGGGGACGGAAGACGCGGCCGUAGGGGAUAACGCCGCCGGACGCGACGAAGAAACGGAGGAGGAGCAGUGCCCGCAGGCGGAGCUACCGCCAAAGAGGACCUCCAUGGGGUUGUCCACCAUUCCCUACCUUGAUGACGUUGCGGAGGACGAGCGUAAACACGCGGCGGGGGGGCGUGUCGCGGGCUUUGAGGUGCAGAGUCGAGCCACCACAAGACAGGUAGCAGCGCCUGCUGUUGUUGAAGAUGAUAGCACGGACGAGGGCAACCGCACUGGUGGCCCGUUUCUCUAUGUGGGCGCCUUGGAUGCUCCUUGCGCGGAAGAAGCAGCGAGUACCGUCGCCGUGGCCACAUCGUCAUCGUCAACGGUAACCGCAAAGAGGGGCAGACGGAAUUUCACGGACGGCCCACCAGCAGUGCGACGCAAACGUGGGCAGUGCAUCUUUGACAGUGUUGGCGGUGAGCACUCGGAUGGGGUGCUGAGUAAGAGAACGAGUAAGUUACAGAAACGAACGACCGCGUCAGCGACGAAUGAUGGGACGACAGAGCCCACGAUGGCCUUCACGGACGCCCGCCUCAUCACUUUGUUGGUUACUGCAGAGCCGGGUGUGAAACAUGACAUUCAUUCUGGUGCGUCACAUGUCCGUCAUCCCACGACCCUUUCGCAGCUCCGCAUUGCCGUGGCCGGGGAGGAUGAGUGUGAAAUUCAGUUUCUCUGUGACGUUGUUGAGCAGCUGGGAGGUAUCUUUGUGCCACGCGUGUUUGGUCGCGUGCGGAAGCCAACGCACCUGGUUUUGGGGGGGCGGGGGGAGCUGACUCCGAUGGUGUUGCUUGCCAAGGCGCUGGGUAUCCCUGUGCUGACACCGCAGUGGCUCUAUGAUGCUAUUUCCUUGGGGGAAUUCCCGAAGAUUAUCUCUGCCCAUCUGCAUCCCAUGUACUCAAGUAACGUGCGCCUCAGUAGCACUCUCAGUGGGAGGAAGGAAGAGGGAGACAAGGAAAAGAAGGAGGAGCAAUCUGGUGGUAUGCCGAUGCAAAUGCCUCGGAAGGACCCGAGCAUUGAGAAUACUCUUAUUGGCAUGUUGCAGCAGGACGUUGGUCCCAACUAUAGGCCUAUCUUUCUUGGGAUGGUGUUCGCCUUUGUCAGCCACUCCCCGCUUGUCCACGCCUACCAGUUCACGGAGCUUGUGCGUAUUUUAGGUGGCUUUGUUUCACGCAGUUCGUUGAGUCUGAACCUCUCCGUCCUCGUUGAUCUUGGAUACGGUGCCCCCCUCUCGCAGGAGGAGGGAGUGGAGGGAACAUGCGAGGAGGAACAAGGCGAUGUGUCGAGAGCGGCGGGGGUCAGAAAGCGAAAACUGCGUCGAAGGGUCGUGCGAGGUGCGGAAGGGGAAGGGGCUGCCGUGGAGACGCAGUCGAUUCCCAUGACGUAUCAAACCGCGCUGAGCGACGGUGGCAGCGUGACACGGCCCACUUCCCAUGAUGUCUUGCAGCGUCUCAUGACGCAGCGCCGCCAGCGCGAUCUCCCUGUCAUCCCUGUGGUUUCUGUGGAGUGGAUCAUUCAAUGCAUCUUGCUUGGCGAGGCGACUGAGACUACGCCGUUUGAGGUUUCACUGAGCCUGCAAGAGCAUCUCGGUGCAGUGGAGGUCGACCAAUCUAGCGAGACAAAGGAAACCGCCAACAGCAACAAGGCCGUCGCCUGCACCCCGCCGAGGCAAACGAGGUGCCUCGGGAAUAACAGCACGAGGGAGGGGAGUGGCGGCCGUGGCAGGGUUUCGUGGCAAACCCCUGUGGUCACCAGUCCGUUUGCAAAGACCUCUGAGGGACCGAGUAGUGCGAUGAAGCGGGCAGAACAACAGUUAAGCACACAACAGCUGCUUCUUUCGUUGGAAAGUGAUGAGGAGUGA